UUAAGUUCUUUAACAAAUUAAAUAUAAUUUUAAUGAUUUUUUGAGACACUAAUAAGAUAUAAUCUAAUCGAAUUGUGUAAACCAAUCGAUUUGAUGAAACAAUAGGCAAUCAAACUACGCAUGCUAUUUCGUUCAAUCUUCUGUCAGUCACUCCAACCCCAUCAGGAACGUCACUUCCGCGCGCAAAAUGUAUCGAUUUCCAAAGCGUAUCCCAAUCUCAGCAAACAAUAUGAUAACGUGAUGCGUAGAAGAGAUAUCCAACUCCAAAAGGAGAAAGAAUGUCGUUGUUUACUAAAGACUACUUUUACGAGAACUAUUACGACUAUGCCGUUCAAGCUCGUACGUUCGGCAACGAUACUGAUAUCUCCACCACGAAUCUUCACUGGAACUCACUGACUCGUCUCGUCCUAACGGUUCUGCUGCGCAUCGGCUUCGUUCUCGUCCAGAUCGGCAGCGUGCCGGUCAACAACGUCAAUCUGAUACUUCUCCAGAACGUGGUCGACCUGUGUUGCGUCACUGUCAUGUACUUUCUGACGGGUUUCCUAAUCGCUUACAACGGCGACGUUGCCGGUCUGAUUGGCGCGGGCCAUUGGAUCGGUGAUCCAACGAUCGACAGGAACGAGGCGAUUGUGGGAUGGCAGGCGGUGGUGAUCGCAUCAGCGAUCUACACCACCGCUGUUGCGGGUAGGAUGCACGUAGCGGGAUACCUGCUGGUGAGUAUCCUCUUGUCAGGCCUGAUCCAACCGUUGCUCAUUCACUGGACGUGGGUGGGAUGGAUGGCGGAGAACGAACUAGGCGGAAAGUCGGUGGCCUUCAAGGACCAAGCCGGUGCGGGAGUGAUCCAUGUCGUUGGAGGACUUUCCGGCCUGAUCGGAUGCGUCAUUCUUGGCAGAAGAAUGUUCAAAUUGAGGGACUUGGAUGACGCGAGUAUUACCCCUGGCUCUGCCGGAACCGUUUUCGGAGGUCUACUAUUGAUCUUCAUUGGGCUUCAAGGUUUGUGCACAAGCACGCAUGACCGCGAGAAAUAUCGAAUGCUCGCACGGGACCCCUCACACGCGUACAUCAACAAUUUGCUGGCCGCGUCCUCAUGCACAUUGAUAACCGUGGCUCUACACUUCGUCCUCGGCCGUGAGAUCUUCAAUCAUUGGACGCUAAUGAGAUGUAUUCAGGGAACGAUCGCCGGUGUGGUAAUGGUCUCGGCCGCGCCAUAUGAUUACUCGCCGCAAAUAGCUAUCGCAUUGGGUUGCCUGGGAGGCAUCGUGUUUCACCCUGUCUCCACGCGAAUUUUCCACAGCGCCCUGGAGGAUUAUUGCAACGUCAUAGCCGUACAUCUCGUUUGCGCGAUCCUCGGGAGUAUCCUUGCGCCCUUCUGCGCCGCGCACACCACGGAGGAUACAGUGACGACAUUAUUGAGUUUCUCCUGGCAAUUAAUUUGCCUGGCUGCAUUACUGGCCUUAGUAGGCGUAACAAUGCUGCUGAUCUUCGGUAUGCUGGAGUGCUGCGGUAUACUCCGUAAUAGGUCGGAAUGUCUAAAUCACGCACGAGCAAAUGCCGCCGUUGACAGGGGCCCAUCAAGAUCGUUUCUGCAGAGGCUCUUCUCUCCCGAUAGUGGAUGUUUUUACCUGCAACCGAGUUCGAUCUCCAAUACGGAACGUCAACCAAAUGUUAAUUCCAGACUUUGGAAGUAUCAAGAAGAGAUAAAUAAGCUUGAAGAAGGAAGAUCCACUGUCACAAAGAAACCAGACACGAACGUUGAAAUUGAAGAUAAGAAGAUUCAAGUGCCGGGAGCAAGAGUAAAGAAAGCAAGACAAGUGUAUACUUUAUCUGGGAGUACUCCGAUGUUGAUAGAAGAUCAAGGUGGUACUGGUGAAUCGAUUGACAAGAAUUUUCUGGAAAUUGGAAGGAAAAGAUUUCUUGGAAAAGACAUAAAAUAUGCUCUAGAUCCUAUUGAAGAAAUUGAUGAGGAGAUUUCGAAAGAAUUUGAAGUCGAAAAUAACGUUCAGUUUAGUAAUAGCGAUGAUUGUAACGCUGGGGACAAAAAUUCAAUUUCGACAAAAUAUUUUAACAUGUCUGGAGAUCAAAGGAAUUUGAACGAAUCAAAUUAUCAGCUUCGAAGAACCAUAAAGUUGACGAAUUUACAUCACGAAUUGUUCAAGGAAGAUGUGAAAGUUGUGUUGGGACCAAAACGCUUAGAUUCUUCAUCUAGUGAUUCAUGCGACGAUGACAUUUCUUCUGCAAAGACGUCAGACUUAAACGAAUCCAUAAGAGAUAUUGCAGUAAAUAAUGACUAGUUGAUUUAUAGCAAAAAUAUAUAAUAAGUAACUUCAUCUGUUGCUAUCACGACGAGAGAUUUGAUUUAAGCAUGAUAUUAUCAUAGAAUAUCGAAAUGGCAAAGUUGUCAGAGGAGCUAUAUCAAUUUCUUGGAACUGGAACGAUUAGAAAUACUGUGUAGUUUUGAAAUAAAAAAAGUUGAACUACUGAUAAUGCAUUGUUCUAAAUUAUUUUAAUGUGAUUGAUCUAA